AUGACAUUCAAGAGAAGAAACCACGGAAGAAACAAGAAGAACCGUGGACACGUCGGAUUCAUCCGAUGCACGAACUGCGGUCGUUGCUGCCCGAAGGAUAAGGCAAUCAAGAAAUUCGUGGUCCGCAACAUCGUCGAAGCUGCUGCUGUCCGCGAUAUUGGAGACGCGUCUGCUUACCAGCAGUACGCCCUCCCGAAGCUUUACCAUAAGCUUCACUACUGCAUUGCCUGCGCAAUCCACAGCAAGGUCGUUAGAAACCGAUCGAGAGAGGCCCGCCGUGACCGCAACCCACCACCACGUUUCGGACAGCGUACCGCUCAAGCCCGUCCAGGAGCUGCCGGACCACGUGUCUAA